AUGAAACACAUACAGCAGCUCCUUCCACUCACCCUCCUGUGCUUUACCCUCACCGCCACAGCGCGAUACCCACCUCCCUCCGCGCGACACAAGACCCUCGAGAACCCCGCCAUCAAACCCAACCAGCAAUUCCUCCAUCCUCCUCAAGCCGCAAUGCCACCCAGCGACAUCGCGGCCGGCGUAUACAUCUCCGACGUCAUCGGCAAGACGCAAGAUAUCGCCAUCUUCAGCUCGCUCACUCGCGACAUCGACAGCGUAUCGGGGCGGCUAGAAGACUCGUCGCAAAACGCCACCGUCCUAGCACCCAGCAACAGCGUGAUGAGGAGUCUGCCACGAAAGCCAUGGGAGAACCCUGGCGAUUAUGGAACCUACGGCUCCGAUGCGUAUAGUGGGCAGAGUGGCGAGGACAGAGCGCAGGCAAACUUGAGGAAAUUCGUGGAGGCACAUGUGGUGCCUGUGAGUCCGUGGACCGAGGGCGAGAAAGUGAAGACGUUGGCUGGGAAUGAGAUCUGGUGGGAGGUUAGGGAUGGGAAGAAGAUUAUCAACCCCGGAAGCGUCGAGGUUUCCAGUAUUGCUGAUAAGGUUGGUAAUGGGGAAGUCUGGAUCCUCAAUGGAGUUGUCAAUUACCAAUGA